GAUCAAACUUUUCUCUGAAGUUUGAAUUUUGACGGUGGUGGCGGCCGCUCGUUUGAGUCUUUGUUUGGAUUUUACUUGUAGCGGGAAUGGCGACGCCAACAACGGCCGUCUCUAGGCUCCACAUGGGGAAACGUCUGCGGGAAAGUGAAAUUUUGGCUUCUUCCCUGGUUAAUAGUGUGAAUCAAGCACUGGGAAAGCUACUAGAUUUAUGGAAUGCAAUGGGAAUUAGCAAAGAGCUGCAGCUUGAACGCAUGGAGGCUGCAAAGUUGCACAUUGAGACGCUAUUGAAUGAAAUGAUUGAUGAAGAAAGCAGUUUGAAAAACAAAAUUGAAAAUGACAUUGAAAUUCAGAAAAAUCAACUGAAUGUACUCAGAUACCAACUUGGUCUGGAUCCUUACAAGGUUGAUGAUGGCUUAACUAUCCUUCAAUUAGAGAAGGAAUAUCGGCUGGCAUUAGACAAUGCUCUUAAAGAAAAAGAGGAGAGGCUGGAGAAGUUGACUCAGCUACAGCGAGAAGAUCAGGCAUUAUGUACAGAGCUUUGUGUAGUCCCUUACUACAUCCCUACUGGCAGUAUUCCAAAUAGCACAGAGCUGGAAGAAAUAAAAGAACAUAUAACAAAUCUUCUGAAAGUAAAGGAACAAAGAUUAGAAGAGUUUCAUAAACUGAGAAGAGAAAUCAGACUAUAUAGUAAAGAAAUUGGACACACACCUGAUGGGACACUGGAAAAUAAUAUAUUAUGUGAUGAUGAAGAAGAAGGAUAUAUUUGUCUUACAAAAAAGUAUCUUGAAGAUCUUCAGCAGUUUGUCAAUCAGUUGCAGAAGAAGAAGUCAUCUCUAAUGGCCACCAAGGACGUCCUGAUGAAACAAGUUCAGCUUCUAUGGGACAGACUUCAGUGGCCACAAGAAAAGCAAGAAAGGUUCACGAAAAUGACCAACCAGUGUUCCAUCUGUGAAGCCACGAAUAUGUGGGAAGAAGAAUUACAAACACUGGAAGAGGUGAAGAAGGAGAAAGUUAAAGAAAUUAUUUUGAAAGUCAGGCAAGAUCUUGAGAGCUAUUGGCAGAAAUGCUUUUAUUCCGAUGAACAAAAAGCUGCGUUUCAGCCCUUAUAUGAUGACAAUUUCUCAGAAGAAUUGUUGUAUCAUCAUGAUGAAGAAUUGAUCAAAAUAAAAGAGAUUUAUGAGGAAGCCAUGUCUCUUUAUGACGGUGUUCAUAAAUGGGAGGCUACUCUGGAUCGCUUCAUUGAACUGGAGAAAAAAUCAACAGAUCCAAGCAGGCUCCUAAACAGAGGGGGUAAUCUGCUCAAAGAUGAACGCGAAAGAUCGAAGAUUCAAAAGCAGUUGUCAAAGUUAGGAGAAGAAUUGAAGGAAAAAAUUGAAAAUUGGGAGAAGGAGCAUAAUUCAGAUUUUCUAAUUAGAAGCCAGAGGUUUCUUGAUUACAUGACCCAACAGCUGCAGCAUUAUAAACUUAAAAAAGAUCAGCCCAAAACAUCAGUGAAGCGGGAGGAAUAUACAACUCCAAAAGGAGCUAUGAAAAGAUCUGCCCAUGUGAAUACUCCAACUACAAACAAGAUACGCAAAGUAGCCUCAAACCUAACUGUACUUAAAACAUCCAGUUGCAGUAACAUAACAACCAAUUUUGCUGUUCCUAGUAAGCAGCCAUUUCAAAACAAAACUCCUUCCAAAAGCACACCUCUAUAUUCCCUGCACCAACCAUCAUUAGAAGAGUGCAAGAAAAGCAAAUCUGCCAGCCAACCUAGUUAUUCAGAUUUUCUGAAGGAACUUGCAGUUAAAUCAACCAUCAACAACAGGAUUUUGAAUUCCACGCUCAAAGAGAAUGUGGAGGGAUGAGCCCUACUUGAAUUCUUCUCUUAUAAAGCUCAUCAAGUCAAUGGGAACUGUAACUAUAUAAUGAAUGAACACUCCAUAAUUACAUAAUAAGAUACCAAUUGGUCACCUUUUUGUAACAGUCACUAUUUCAUUCUGGUUAUAUGUAUAUAAAAUGUCAGAAUACUAAUAUAAUAAAUGCUAUUUUUAUGGAAGAACGACUUUAGCAAACAGUAAACUUAAAAAGUUUUCCUUAUAUAUCUUCAAUGCAGAGUAAACGUACCAAAUGAGGGGUGUAUGAUUAAAGGAACAAUUAUGUACAAGUUGAAGAAGUGUGAUAAAAAGCAUGUGUACUGUACAGUAUUAGAAAACCCUUGUUUUAUUUAAGAGAAUGUAAUAUAUGAAAGUCAAGUUAUCCAUUGAUAUGUUUUCCUGUUUUCAUGAUUGACAUUUUACUAUUACAAAAUAAGUGUUUUAUGUAAAUGUAAAAAAAAUAAAAAAGUUUUAAUUCAACUAUUUUGAAAAACAAGGGUUUUUUAAAAAAGGGAGCUGCUUCCUCUGAUAAUGUUUAUAUAGUAGUAAUAUAUGCUGUGUUGGAAUGCAUUGGAGGCAUUUCCCCUCAAACCAUCAGAAUAUUUUGCCACAGGAAUUUGGGAGGUACCCAUGGUAAUGCUGGCUAUUCAUCAAGCAAUAGUAUGUACUUAAUAAUAACGUUAAUUUCUGAGAUGGCUUUGAUAAAAUGGCUUUUUUGUCACAUUUUUUUAAAUUAUAUUAUUUAUACAU